AUGGCAGUUAAUGGAGGUUGGUCGUCCUGGUCGACUUGGCAGGACUGCAGAUGUCCUGGAGCGAAUUUAUCAGCAGGAAAAAUGAGUACCAGGACCUGCACCAAUCCACCUCCUAGCAAUGGCGGCCAAACCUGCCAAGGAACCAGCAUCAAGAGGACCAAGGACUGCAUUCCUUGUCCCCAAGUCGAACCAGCGAAAUGGUCUUCCUGGUCGGAAUGGUCAGAAUGCAACCAGGAAUGCAACAAGAUCAGGAAGAGGCAGUGCCUCCCUGGCAGCGACAGCGGCAGGAAAACCUGCUCAGGAAAGGACACUCAGAGCCUCAAGUGCAGCUCAGAGCAGUGCAGUGCCUCCAAGUCUGGAGACAUGGAAACGAUUGUAGCGCGAAAACAUAAAGGACACGCGACCUUUUUAAUAUUCCCUGCGACCUCCUUCCGCAAGAUUUGUUAUUUUCCAAGACGUUAUGAAAACAUCUUCGGCCUCAGAAAUCUGUCGCUGCUCGAGAUGACUGAGGCGACAUCGUUGGUAAACGGUUUCUUCCGAGAUGACACGUGUUGGAUCGUUGUCACAAUAUUUGCUUUGCGGUAUCUGCACGGGUGUCGAGAUUCUCUUUGGAGUUUAUGA